CUCGGGUAGGUACACUUUACACUACACUACAUUCGUAGUAAUCCGGGUUUAGAAGCUUCGAAAAUUUAAAACAGAAUGUGGCUUUUGCUCUUCUCUCCUUUGUUAGUUCUCUGUUCAGGCAACAAUGAAUUCGAUAUUUGCAAAACAGAUCCCAAUAAGGCGUGCUUAUCAGGUUUACGUGAACUUGAUUUUCCGGAAACCGAGAAAGAUCUCGAAAAAAUAUGUCCAUUGAUUGAAGAUUAUAUUAAGUGCUUGGGUCGUUAUGAUGAAAUGUGUAGCACAAAACUAUUUUCUCUCCCUGGACAAUACGGAAAUAUUCUCAGUCUCGUGGACGAUAUUUGCAAUAAAGACAGCCAAUUUCAUAAAGCCAUUGUGGAAGGCCUUCCAUGCAUUGGACAUGGAAUAAUAAAUCGCAAUGCAACCUGCUUCAACUCCCAGGAAGAACUUCUGAAUUCUUAUUUUGAACAUCUCCACUCCGAGGAUCGUGAAGUCGAUUCCAAAGAGGAGCACACCAAGCAUAUGUGCUUGCGAUUUCUGCACGAGGUAUCUUGUGUAGGAGAGUAUAUCUCUAAGGGGUGCACUACCUCUGGCCGGGAUGCAUUUUUAGAUGGUAUGAGACGCAUUGGCCUUCCUUUCGAAAGGUGUUCUCAUGACAUUAUUCGUGACCUUUCCUCCACUGCAGAAAAACUGGAUUUGGAAGAAACUGCUAAAGUUCCUUUAAGAAUUACCUUUGCUAAAAUGUUGCAAAAUGACUGAAAAUGAACCGAUGCCUUUUUAACUACUGUUUCCAUCUGUUUGUAAUAUUUUAAUAAGGUAGAAUUAAAAUAUUUCAACUCAUGA